CAUUGCUUGCGUGAGUGGCAUCGAACUGGAGCUACCGAGUGAGAGCGAAGCUUGCUAGCUAGCCAGACACGCGCGCGCGCACACACACACACAGAGGGAGAGAGGUAGAGAGUUCGGGGAGAGGGAGAGAUAGGUAUGGGAUGGAAAGUUCUGAACGAUGUGAAGCCAUACCUAUCGAUGGUGCUGCUGCAGGUGGGGUUCGCCGGGAUGAACAUCGUUGCCGUGUCGUCCCUCAAGGGCGGGAUGAGCCACUUCGUCCUUGUGGUCUACCGUAACCUCGUCGCCACCGCCUUUAUGGUGCCCUUCGCUCUCUAUUUCGAGAGGGAAAGGAGGCCAAAGAUGACAAUUACCAUCUUCCUCAAGAUUAUGUGGCUGGCAUUUCUCGAGCCGGUGCUCGACCAGAACCUGUACUUCAUGGGCGCAAAGCUGACAUCGGCGGGGUUCGCGACGGCGCUCAUCAACACCCUCCCGGCCGUCACCUUCGUGCUGGCCCUCAUCCUGCGCAUGGAGAAGGUGCGGCUGCGGAGCCUGCACAGCCAGGCCAAGAUCGUUGGCACGGUCCUCACGGUGGCCGGCGCCGUGCUGAUGGUCCUGUACCACGGCCCUGCCGUGCGGUUCCCGUGGACUAAGGGCCAUCACCACGCUACCAUCGGUGCCCAGGGCGCCGCCGCGCGGGACUGGCUGAACGGGACCAUAAUGCUCAUCGCCUCCUGCAUGAUCUGGCCGGGCUUCUUCAUCCUCCAGUCCAACACGCUCGGGAGCUACCCGGCGGAGCUGUCUCUCACGGCGCUCAUCUGCGGCAUGGGCUCGCUAAUGAGCGGCGCUGUCGCCCUCGUUGCUGAGCGCGCCAACACCGGAGUCUGGGUUAUCGGCUUCGAUAAUCGCCUCUUGACCGUCGUCUACGCCGGCAUAGUGUGCUCCGGCGUGGCAUACUACUUGCAGGGCGUCGUGUCAAGGCAAAGGGGCCCGGUGUUCGUGACGGCCUUCAACCCGCUCAGCAUGAUCAUAACCGCCGUCAUGGGCUCCAUCAUUCUCAAGGAGGAGAUCGCUCUCGGAAGUGUGAUUGGUGCGGUGAUCAUCGUGGCAGGCCUCUACUUCCUCAUCUGGGGGAAGAGCAAGGACAAGAUCAUCAGCCCCAGCCAAGUCUCCGACGUCAGCGACGAGGGAGCCGGCGCGCUGCCCUUAACCUUGGUGACCAACGGCCACGGGCACGGCCACAUCAAGGAGCACGAGCUCGGCGACGGUAACGGCGGCCAUGUCGACGUCGAGACGCCGGCGACCAAUGGGCACUACUAGCAAGGGAUCGAUCAAUUGGAGUGGCUAGUAUUAUACGUCCUCCAGUCGUCCACGACCAGUAUACGUCCCCCGCUUUUUUCCUUUUAAUGCAUGGUCCAUCUAUCGAUCAUGCAUCGAUUUGUUUUCUCUCUAUGUAUUUUAUUCCUGUCAGCUUCUCCCUAUCUAUGAUCCUAUCAUGUAAUUUUUUUUUGAAAAGGAGGCUUAGCCCCGGCCUCUGCAUCAAUAGAUGCGUG